CUCACUCGAUCCUGUCGAGAUCGUUCGUUCAAUCAGCUUGGAUUGAUUUCAUGGCGCGCGGGAAGGUGGCCGAGUGGAUACGGAAGCGUACGACGCCGAGGAAGUCGGCGGCCAGGUGCUGGAGCAAGGAGAGCGGGGUGGCCAGGCGCCGGAGCAAGGAGAUCGGGGCGUCCCAGCCGAUACUGCCGAGCGAGGCGGAGACUAAGAGCUGGAGCAGCUCCAGCGGGGCGCCUAGCGGGAGUGGGAACGAUACCAGUACUGGUGGCGGCGCGCCACCAGCGCACUCGAAGUCCCGGGCCAGCGCCUUCUUGUUGGCCAUUUUGCGGUGGCGGUCGCGCGUGAACGCGCUGGCCGUCCUGUGGGAGCAGGUGGUGUACCACCUGAUGUGGCUGGUGGAGUCCGUGGUGGUGGUGGGAAGGCUCUGCUUCUUCCUCAUGCGCUUCGGCUUCAAGCAGCUCUGAGUCCAUUUCUCCCCUUCCCGCCAUGGCGUUGAGGGUGGAGGAGCAGGUUGCGUCGACUAUUUUUCCCUUCAUUUUUCUUUCUUUUGUGCCUAAAGUUGUUUUUCCGAGGCGUUCGAUCCCUAAAGUUGUAAAUGCCCUUCAGCCCUACUCCUGUGUAUAAAGAUAUUUCU